AUGCGGCCCCUGGGUAAUAGGGGAUCAUGGGGCCCCUGUGUCCUUGCCCAAACUCAAAAAAGCCUAUGAAAAAGGUACCAGGGGCAUCUCAUGGGGCCCCCUACUGACCCUGGGCCCUUGGGCAGUGCCCGAGUUUCCAAAUGGUCAAUUCGCCCCCUGACUUCCCCACAACAUCAGACUGGAGGUAGUGUCAUGUUUUACAUGACUGUCAUAUUGACUGUCAUAUGCCUUUAAGUGUUUUCCAUAUUUUUGUUACCUAUAAUGCUGCCUCCUCCUCUUCACUCCCUCUUUCUGU